ACAAGCACGGUUCAGGACGACGUCCAGCGGGGAAUGUCAUUUUAUUUUACCGAGUCCGACGAUCGAUCAACGACGACGACACGGCCUGUGGUAGGAUCUUACAAAGCACGACUUCCCUGACCAAACCCGUAGCUUUCUAGAGAUGCCACCAGAACUUGGCCAGGUCGUCGCUGCCCUGCCAUGUACGCCGCCGCCGUUGCAAUCACCUUGUCUGCACCACGAAACCAAGUAGUAUUCCCAUCUGCCUGCCACGACCACGACCACGACCAAAUCAAAUCAAAACGGCCCGGCCCCGAGGACGACGAGCCACUCCUCCUAUAUUUCCUAGUCCACCCCACCAACGUCCGGCAAACCUGGAGUAAUUGAGCCUGCCACGCGCGACCGCUGCCCCCGACACGGUCACGGCUCGACGGCGCCCAAUUCAUCGCGCGCCGCGCGGCAGGCACGUAUAUAUAGCGGCAUCGAUCGCUCGCUCGCGGUCGCGGCGGCAGCAGCCGGUUGUUGUUGGCAGGCAGGCAGGCACGGGCUGGAGUUUGCUCGCUCGCUCGCUCUCGUUCGCGCGGUGGUGAUGAUGGCGGCGACCCACCACGACGCGCUGUGGGCGAAGCUGCACGAGCUGGAGCUGCAGCUCGCGGCGUACAAGCUCCUGCGCGGGGACGACGCGGGGGGCGCCGUGGGUCUCGCUUCCGCGGACGGGGCCGAGACGCCGGGCGGGGGCGGGGGCAGCACCGGUCGCGGCAGGCAGUACGACGCCUACAUGCGCCGGCGCGACGCCAGGCGCGUGGCCGCGUCGGCCGAGCAGCAGCAGCAGCCGGCGAAUAGUAAGGCGCAGCAGCCUCGAGGCGUGCGCGCCGCGGCGGCGGCGCGUACCACGCCGAUGAGCCCGCGUAGUGCGCUCCGGUGCGCGGCUCGCGACACGCAGGAGGCGGGCGCCACGCCGAGGCUGGUCAUCGCCCCGGCGAAGAGGACGCCGGCCGUGUCGUCCAUCCCGAGCACCCCAAGAAAGGACGGCGCGGCGCUGCCGAGGAGCAGGACGGUGAGCGGCGGCGGCGGUGGCGCGACGGGGAGCCCGGCGAAGCCGUCGUCGCACCACCAGAGGCGGAACAGCCUCGGCGUGCUCGCCGAGUUCGGCGAGUGCGCCACGCCGAGGCCGUUCCUGAAACGCGGGACGGGCACGGGCGGCGCGGCGGCGCCGGCCAGGCUGCGGACGACGCGGGUGCACGACCUGCCGACCCUCGACGUGGCCGCCAUCACCCCGAGGCCGCUGUCUCAGCAGCAGCAGCAGGAACAUACCCAUGCGCCGCGCCACGUCCGGUCCGUGUCGGAGCUGCCGUUCGAGACGGCGGCGCUGGCCUCGCCGCAGGCGCGGUCGAGGAAGCGGUGGGGCAGCCCGGAGAGGCCAACGGCGAUGUUCUCGGCCUCAGCAGCGGCGGCCGACUCGCACAGGGACAACCUGUCCAAGGGGCUCAAGAAGCUGCUGAGCUUCGUGAAGAAAGGCGGCAGGAGCGGUGGCGGCGGUGACCAGCCUCUCCCGGCGCCCAGCCCGCGCGGGGGUGGGAAGCCCGUGAGCAAGGGGUGGUCUGGUUGCUCCCAUGUCGACGUCCCGUUCGACCGCGCAAGCCUGGACGGGCACCGGUUCCCCAUGACGCGGGCAGUUGGCAUCUCCUCCAGAUGAGGCCCUGCGCGGCAUGGCGCCGAACAGUGACACGCCAUGAGAACUGCCUUGAUUGCUCCGCGUUCAGGUCAGCUCAGGUGGUUCGACGAGCGACAGUGCGUCGCUCACUGCCCUUCCCUGUGCCUCCCUGCUUGUUGGUGUGAAGCAGAGCUCAGAGAUCACUCCCAGGGCCCUAAACUAGUGAGCAAAGUUGGGGUUUAGAGUCUCUCGUAGAGAAUUUGCCAUUACAAACGCGUCGUGUUGAGAAGUUUUUGCUGUUACCGCUUAGGGAUGAAUUAUGUACCUUUAAUUUCCAUGGUACUGCAAGGUUUGUGUUCCCGUUUGAACGUC